AUGUGGGGGCGCGCGGCGCGGAGGCGCUGCCCGCGGGGGCUGCGGCGCGGCAGGGAGGCGCUGCUGGCGCUGCUGGCGCUGCUGGCGCUGGCCGGGCUGGGCUCGGUGCUGCGGGCGCGGCGCGGGGCCGGGGCGGCCGAGCCGGGACCCCCGCGCGCCCCGCGCCCCGGGCGGCGCGCCCCGGUCCUGCCGCGGCCGCCGGUGCCCAGCGACGCCCUGGGCGCGCGGGGCGAGGCGGUGCGGCUGCAGCUGCAGGGCGAGGAGCUGCGGCUGCAGGAGGAGAGCGUGCGGCUGCACCAGAUCAACAUCUACCUUAGCGACCGCAUCUCGCUGCACCGCCGCCUGCCCGAGCGCUGGAACCCGCUGUGCAAAGAGAAGAAAUAUGAUUAUGAGAAUUUGCCCACGACUUCUGUUGUCAUAGCGUUUUAUAAUGAAGCCUGGUCAACUCUCCUCCGGACAGUUUACAGUGUCCUUGAGACAUCCCCAGACAUCCUGCUAGAAGAAGUCAUCCUUGUAGAUGACUACAGUGAUAGAGAGCAUCUAAAGGAGCGCUUGGCCAAUGAGCUAUCUGGGCUGCCCAAGGUGCGUCUUAUCCGUGCCAACAAGAGGGAGGGCCUGGUGCGAGCCCGGCUUCUGGGCGCGUCUGCGGCUAAGGGCGAAGUGCUGACCUUCCUGGACUGCCACUGUGAGUGCCACGAGGGGUGGCUCGAGCCGCUGCUGCAGAGGAUCCACGAGGAAGAGUCGGCUGUGGUGUGCCCUGUAAUCGAUGUGAUUGACUGGAACACGUUUGAGUACCUGGGCAACCCCAGGGAGCCUCAGAUCGGCGGCUUCGACUGGAGGCUGGUGUUCACGUGGCACGUGGUCCCUGAGAGGGAGAGGAUGCGCAUGCGGUCCCCCAUUGAUGUCAUCAGGUCUCCAACGAUGGCUGGAGGGCUGUUUGCUGUGAGUAAGAAAUACUUUGAAUAUCUGGGGUCUUAUGAUACAGGAAUGGAAGUUUGGGGCGGAGAAAACCUGGAAUUCUCUUUUAGGAUCUGGCAAUGCGGUGGGACCCUGGAGACACACCCGUGCUCUCACGUUGGCCACGUUUUCCCCAAGCAAGCUCCCUACUCCCGCAACAAGGCUCUGGCCAACAGCGUCCGAGCAGCUGAAGUGUGGAUGGAUGACUUUAAGGAGCUCUACUACCAUCGCAACCCACAUGCCCGCUUGGAACCCUUUGGGGAUGUGACAGAGAGGAAGCAGCUCCGUGCAAAGCUCCAGUGUAAGGACUUCAGGUGGUUCUUGGAGAACGUGUACCCAGAAUUGCACGUGCCUGAAGACAGGCCUGGCUUCUUCGGGAUGCUCCAGAACAAAGGACUGAAAGAUUACUGCUUUGACUACAACCCACCCAAUGAAAACCAGGUCGUGGGAUACCAGGUCCUUCUGUACAUCUGUCAUGGAAUGGGUCAGAACCAGUUUUUUGAGUACACGUCCCAGAAUGAAAUACGCUAUAACACCCACCAGCCAGAGGCCUGCAUUGCUGUGGACGCAGGAACGGAUGUUCUCGUCAUGCAUCUCUGCCAGGAGAUCACCCCAGAGAAUCAGAAGUUCAUCUUGCAAGAGGAUGGUUCUCUAUUUCACGUACAGUCCAAAAAAUGCGUUCAGGCUGAGAGGAAGGCGUUAAGUGACAGUUUCGUACCACUUUUGCGGGACUGCAUCGACUCAGAACAUCAGAAAUGGCUCUUCAAGGAACACAUGUAAUGAAGUGUCACUGUACCGAGGAGCUCACUGAAGGUACGGAAGGCCCCUGGACUCUGCCCAGCAGAGACUUGGCUGACGACAGUGACGGACCCACCUGAAACCUGGCUGCUCUACUUUGAUAAGGAAGUCACUUUACAAUCUGUGAAGGUGAUGUUGGAUUUAAUAAGCUCUGUACUGAUUUUGAAAACUUCAAAAUUGCUCCCAAGUGCCCUGUUUUCAAAGGGUGAUCAUAAAAUGUUAACUCUUGGUAUUCAGAGAAUUAAAAACCUUUAAAUAUUUUUCUAACAAGA